GUUUAUAUUAACCUCUACUGUAUGACCAGGUCUUUGAAGACGUUUGGUAAUGUGAAGCUGGCAGAAGAAGGCAUGCUAAAGGUGAGGAUUUUCUGAGUAAUGAGGACAUAAGAAGGAUAGUUUUGUGCUGUAAAAUUAGUAUUCUCCCUGAUGGAUCGUUGGAAGAUUGAUAAUUUGGAUUUGAAAACCGUGGUUAAAGAUGCCUUGCUCUCCGGUCGACUCCCUUUAGCGGUUCUUCAAUUGCAUCUUCAACAUUCUAAAGACUCGUCUGAAAAUGGAGAGCACCAUGAUACAUUUACUGAAGUUCGUGAUGUCAGAAGAGCUAUUGCUUAUGACCUAUUUUUGAAGGGUGAACUUGGGGUUGCCACUGCAACUUUGCAAAGGCUCGGAGAGGAUGUAGAAGCGUGUCUCAACCAGUUGGUAUUUGGCACAAUGAUGAGAUCUCUUCGUUAUCAAAUUGCCGAAGAAAUGAGAAAACAUGGUUUCUUAAGACCAUAUGAAGACAAUGUACUUGAGAGGAUAUCUCUUAUCGAGAGGCUUUAUCCUAGCAGUCAGUUUUGGGAAACAUAUCUUACUCGUCGAAAAGAACUCCUGAGAGCUGAUGUACCUUUUGACUCCAGUAAAAUUAGUUUGCACCUUGGGGGGUCUUCUCUGUUCCAGCAUCUUGAGAUUGAAUCUGAGGUUGAUGGUGUUGUUCUAGGUUCUUGGAAAAAAAUCAAUGAGAGUGCAUCUGAGCUUGCGCCUGAUGAAACCGAUGCAAUUGCUGGUUACUGGGCUGCAGCAGCUGUUUGGUCAAAUGCUUGGGAUCAGAGAACAUUUGAUCAUAAUGUUAGCUACUCUGCAUAGCUACUUUUGUGGAGAUUUUCAGACUUUUUGAAGUGGGCGGAGCUUUGUCCAUCUGAGCAGGAAAUUGGUCAUUCAUUAAUGCGCCUGUGAGGGAUAGCUACUUAUCUUAUCUCAUCACUUCUACAAGUCAUCUACGUGUCUUGAUGGAGUUGAUGUUCUUGUGGCACUUGCUGCGACGAGGGUCGAGGGCUUAUGUUGCUGAGGGCGAUUUCUCAUGCCUUGGUCGUCUAAUAACAGGAGUUGGAAACUUUCAUACUCUUAAUUUCAUUCUCAAUAUCCUAAUCGAAAACGGGUAGCUCGAUCUCUUGCUACAAAAAAUUUCUAGUGCUGCUGAUGCUAACACUGGCACUGCCCAGGCUGUCAGAAGUUUCCGGAUCUCUUCAACCCAAAUGACCAUGAUGCAUUCGCAAUGGUAUAUAAACACUUUGACAUGAAGCAUGAAACGGCUGCUUUGCUAGAGGCACGUGCAGAUCAGGCUGCACAACAUUGGUUUAGAUGGUAUGACAAGGAUGAAAAUAAAGAUCUCCUUGAUUCUAUGCGCUACUACAUAGAAGCAGCUGAAGUUCACACUUCUAUUGAUGCUGGAAACAAAGCACGGAAGGCUUGUGGUCAGGCUUCCCUUGUAUCGCUUCAAAUAAGGAUGCCAGAUUCCAAGUGGCUCUGUUUAUCCGAAAUAAACGCUAGAAGAGCACUUGUUGAUCAGUCUCGUUUCCAGGAGGCUCUGAUCGUAGCAGAAGCGUAUGGUCUUAACAAGCCAAGCGAAUGGGCACUUGUGCUUUGGAAUCUGAUGCUCAAACACGAACUAGCGGAAGAGUUUGUGGCCGAGUUUGUAGCGGUGCUUCCCCUGCAGGCUUCAAUGCUAUUGGAACUGGCUAGAUUUGACAGGGCCGAAACGGCAGUUCGAGGUGACCAGUCUCAGUUCUCAGUCGACAGGAGGAGGGUUGCCAGCUGAGUGGGCCAAAUACAUGCUUGUGGCGGCAGUGAGCCAAGUGAGAAACUUUCUCGGACUGGGGGGGGGGGGUGUGGAGGUGGGGGGACACGAGAGGCUGAAGGUAUAUUGGGACGACCUGACCUUAUGUUGUUGCGUUAUAUAGUUUGACUUACCACUGUAUCCCCCAAAGAUACGAUGGAUGGGUCCAUGGAAAACUAGAUUUUUUUAUCAAUUUUGUUGAUGGCUUGUUAACCUGCUGGUCCCUUACCUUGCAAACUAAGCUUAAAUUGCUGUAAAUUUUGCUUCUAAACAUACACUUCCAACAAGUCUGGCACUUAACAUACACUUCCAACAAGUCUGGCACUGUCGUGUGGGUUUACUUGCUGUUAUCUUUACUUUUAUGUAAAGUAAUUAUGUAAGAAUAUUAUUGUUGUAACACUAAUAAUGAGGUACGUCAAUAAUUUCCGUGGGGUUAGU